AUGACACCAUCUGCAAUAGAUAGUGUGCUAAGCUUGGCAGAGUCUGGUGUCAAGGAUCUGCCUUUGAGUUUUCUCAAAGAUGAGCAUGAGCGUCCCAUAGUCCCACACAAUGUCUUUUCACAUGAUAUCCCUGUGAUUUCCCUCCCCAACUCUCGUGGGCAUCAAAGAGAUCAAGUAAGAGCUAAGCUGAAAAAGGCCUGUCAAGAGUGGGGAGUUUUUCAGGUUGUCGUUCACCGAGUUCCAAGGGAGCUGACAAACCUCAUCAUGAGCCAGGCCAUGGAUUUCUUCUCGCUCCCGCUUGAGGAAAAAUUAGAGUAUGCUUUGAAGCCCGGAACCUAUCUUGGCUAUGGUAAUGGUACCUUUAUCAAGGACGACCCUCUGAUGGAUUGGAGAGAGCUGAAGACUAUUGCAGAUUACAGCGACGCUACUGCUGAGCUGGUAGUAGAGUUAUUAGAGCUCAUCUCUGAAGCUCUUGGGUUGGAGUCUAAAGCCAUAGAGAAUGCCUGUGGAGAUGCAGAACACAAGCUUUUGCUGAAUUAUUACCCUAAAUGCCCUCGACCUGAUUUGACGCUGGGAUUGAAGAGACACACAGAUCCAGGGACAAUAACUUUGUUGGUGCAGGACAAGGUUGGCGGACUGCAAGUCACCAAAGAUGACGGGAAAAGCUGGGUGACUGUAGAACCAAUCGACGGGGCAUUUGUAGUGAAUUUGGGAGAUCAGAUGCACGUGUUAAGCAGUGGCUCUUUCAAGAAUGCGGAUCAUCAGGCUGUGGUGAAUUCGAGCACUACAAGAUUGUCCGUAGCAACUUUCUACAAUCCCAAUCCAAAUUCAAUAGUUUACCCACUUGAGGGAUUGGUUAACGAGGAGCACCCCAACAAAUUUGAACGCUACAUUUACAAAGAGUUUUAUGGCAGAAAGAUGACCCAGCAAGUCGUAGAGAGAGCCAAAAAACUAGAAUUGAUGGAAGGGAAGAAGAUAAAUGGUACAGUUUAG